AUGUCUUCGCCGCCACCUACCACCCCUAAUCCGCUCAACCCGCGAAAGCGGGCGUCCAUUUCAUCUACGGCAUCCGGCCAAGCAAAACGGCCGCGCAUGCAUCCCCUACGGCAAACCUCAUUCCCAACGGGGAUGGGCAUGGAACCGGAGAGUGCGCGUAGUCGCGCUCCCAGCGAUGCAGGUAGUGUGACGGGCAGUUUUACGGGCAGUCUCGGAGGAGCAAGUAGCGUUUUGGACGGGCCGAAAAAGAGAGGGCGUAAGAAAAAGGCCGAUAAAGAUCGGGAGGAUGCUUCCACAAUACGAGGUGCGGAUGGUCGGAGUACGAGGGUUGGUUCGGCAGAUGUCGAUGGGGCUUCUGUUAGAGGAGGCGCUGGUGGUGGAGCAGGAGAAGGGAAUGAUGAAGCUGGAGAAGAGGAUGAGGAGCAGGAUAUGGAAGGUGAUAUGCUUGGUGCGACGGAAGGUUUUCUUGACCUUGCGACGGAGAAGAAGAAUCUUGCUGUUUUGACCGGUUCUUUCACACCACUCCAAGCCGAUCGUUAUGAGAAAUGGAACCGCACGAGGCUACGGAAAGAAACACUUCGACGAAUUGUUAACCAUGCUCUUUCACAGUCUGUUCCGCAGAGCGUCGUAACGGUGGUCAACGGUUUUACAAAAGUUUUUAUUGGCGAAAUUAUCGAAAGGGCGAGAACUGUGCAGGAAGAAUGGGCCAAAGCAUAUGACUUGGCUGCCCGGGACGCUUGGGAGCAGGAGCAAGCCGAGAUUGAGGCCGCAGCCGCCGCAAAGGCGCAUGCAGAAGCACAAGUACAAGCCAAGGCUAAAGAGGAGGCUAAAAUCAAGGAGGAAGCCACGCGGAAUGCAGCAACACCUUCAGCGGAAUCCAUAGACGAGGAGAAAAAGGCAAACGGAUUGCAGUCUCCUGCUCCGCCUCCCAACAUCCCAGCCAUGCUCUCACCAGCAGGCUUACCUACAGAUCAUCAAUCUCCUUAUGCAUCAACGACCAGCACGGGGCAACAAGUCAAUGGGUUCAACCCGGAAUCCAAAACAACCCACGCAAGACGAGAAUUUGUGCCGCCCGUCAAUCCACACCGCGGCCAGCUUCUUCCAGAUCACAUCCGCGAAGCUUUGCGACGUUAUAAACGUGCCGGUGAGGGCGGCGGAACUGGGAUGUCCGGGUUGAGUCAACCGAAUUUGGGAGCUAGAGGUGCUUUUACAUUGCAUGCUGGUGUUGGAGGGCGGAGAUUGUUUCGAUAG